AAGCUAGCGAUAACACAUCAUGAACUAAGAAGCUAACAGCAGGAAGCUUUCUUAGGUCGCAGGCACAGCGCUGUCAUGGCUGUCAUCGCAUGAAUAUAAAUGCAUAAAAGGGCCCACGUGGCUUGGCACGACUUCAUUCCGGCAAGCAGGAAGGUGCCGUACUUGUACAGUAGCUGUCAGGAAGCCGGGAUAUGGCUACAGAACACGACGCCGAAGCUUCGUCUCAGUCUGCAGAGCCUUGUUCGCUGUUGCAGGCUUACGGUGGGCGAGGGCUGCGUGACGAGCUGGCCGCGACGGCUACAUGGGCCAUCGAGAAGAACCUGAGGAAAGUGAAGCAGCAACUGGCCCUCGCCACGGUGAAUCAGGUGCUCACCUUUGACGAAAUGCACAACAGGAUCGCCGACCUGGAGAGGCUCGUCGAAGACGCGGCGCGAGUGGACUCUUUGUACGACCCAGGACCGUGCCAACGGAUCCACCAACACCACCGCCUGCUCCUUCUCAGACGAACGCCGCACCGUCGGCCGUCUUAAAGCGUAGCCUAGUGACCCUGGGACGUUUUGUGGAACUGAUGGUAUCGACGUGGACGACUGGCUGAAGUGGUACGAACGACUCGGCGCAUACAACCGCUGGGGCCCUUGACGUCUUGAUUAGAUCGCCUCUCUGUCGGCAUUGCUGGCUACCUGUCCAGUAACAAUAUAGUAGCCAUGGGUCCAAAUACUACACGAUGCCGCAUAAAUAAAUACGCGCUGUGGGGAUCGCCCACGGGAC